AUGAAGGGUUUCUACUACGGAGCCGCCCUCGCGGCCCUGGCUGCCACUGGCGCCAGUGCAAAGGACGACCGUACCUUUGCCGUCCUUCGCUUCACCAACAAGCAGCUCACCCAAGGCCCUGUCGACCCCAUCGUCUCUCCCGGCAAGCGUGCCACCCACUCCCACAUUGUCAUGGGCGGCAGCGGCUUCAGCUCCACGGCCACUGGCGAGGACCUCAUGAACUCGCAGUGCACCAACGCCCAGAUUGUCGGCGACAACAGUGCCUACUGGUUCCCCCAGCUGUACUUCCACGACGAGGACAGCGGCGAGUUUGAGUCGGUCAGCGUCAACUAUGUCAACGUCUACUACUUCUUCGAGGCCACCGACGACGAGAUCGUCGCCUUCCCCCCGGGCCUCAAGAUCCUCGGUGGCGACCCCAACGCCCGCGAGAUGCCCGCCUUUGGCUCCGCGACCAACCUGGACCCCAACAAGGGGCCCAUUCAGAAUGUCAAGUGGACCUGCCCCCGUAUGAACAACGAGUACAACCCUCCCUCGUGGCACGAGGACUCGGACGGCACCGAAUGCGGUGUCGGCGACCCCAUCAACAAGGGCGAGGGUGUCGGGUUCCCCGACCAGAACUGCGAUGGCCUGUACUCGCCUCUGCGUGCCGACGUGCACAUGCCCUCGUGCUACGAUCCCGAGAAGGGCCUGGACGACCACAAGAACAACAUGGCCUGGCCCGAGGACAAUGGCAACGGCAAGCUCAACUGCCCCGAGGGCACCAUCCACGUGCCUCACCUCUUCCUCGAGGUCUACUGGGACACGCCCGACUUCAAGGACCGCUGGACGCCCGGCCAGAAGAAGCAGCCGUUUGUGUUGUCCAGCGGCGACGCCACCGGCUUCUCCUCUCACUUUGACUUUAUGGCCGGCUGGGACGAGGAUGUCCUCCAGAACAUUAUCGACACCUGUGACGCCGGCACCUCGGGCAUGAACAACUGCCCUGGCGUGACCGUCAACGACGAAGACUGCACCAUCCCCGCCGAGUUCGACGACAAGGUCAUUGGCACCAUGUCCACGCUGGCCGGCAACUGCCCCCUGACCGGAUGGCGCUACGGCCUCGACGGCAUGGUGGACAAUGUCAGCGACACCGUCGACGACGUCGUCGACGAAAUCGACCAGCCCGAGUCCAACACGUCUGAGGCUGCGAGCUCCGAGCCCGCCGCCGCCUCGCAGGGUCUCCCCGAGGUGUCCCACGCCCCCACCAAUGUCGUGGAGAAUCCCUUCGUACCCGAGGAGUCUGUCGAAGUCGAGGCCGAGGAGGAGCCCGUCGCUGAGCCCGUCGCGCCCGUUUCGUCCGCCGCUCCUGUCGUGGCCGAGCCCGUCGCGCCCGAGCCCACCAUCGCCACCACCAGCUGCGAGAAGAAGAUCCACACCGUCUGGGAGACCGUCACCGAGACGGAGAAGGUCUAUGCUGAACCCACUGGCUCGGCCAAGGCCCGCCGUGACUCGCAUGGCCACAACCACAGCCACCUCCAUGGCCGCCGCCGCUUCCACUAA